AUGUACCUUCAGACGCGCAGGUACCUCGGCUCGGCCGCACAGCUCGGCCAGAGAAAGCUCAGGGCCGCUCAGGCCGAGCUUGCGGCGGCUCAAGAGCUCGGCCAGAGCAGGCUGCUCGCAGCGCAAGAGCUGGGUCAGAGCAAGCUCACCUCAGCGGCCGAGUUGGGGCAGAGCAAGCUCACCGCGCUGAAAGGCGCUUUGCACUACGAGGUCCCAGACACGACCCUCUUCUCCCUCGUCGGCACCACGCUCAACCUGCUGAACGGCACGACGGGGCCCGGUCUGCUGGCGCUCCCGCUGGCGUUCGCGCGGUGCGGCUGGCUGAUGGGCACGGUGAUGCUGCUGGGCGUGUUUGCGCUCAACCACGCGAGCCUACUGCUCCUGCUGCGCGCCUGCCUCACCACGCGCGAGCACUCGUACAUCGGCCUCUGCUCGCACGUGGCGGACGGGAUCGCCUCGCUGAUCGACUGGUCGUCGCUCCUCUUCUUCUUCGGGUCCUCCGUCUCGUACCUGGUCAUCAUCGGAGAAGCCUUCACCGUCCUCACCUCCUCGCUCGGCGACGGUAGCGUCUACGACGGCGGGCCAGUCAGCGACGGCCCGCUCCACUACUCCCUCCUCGCCCUGCUCCUGCUCGUCGCCUUCACCGCGGCCCUCCUCUCGCUGCCUACCCUCGCCUUCUGCUUCUCGUCCCAGUCCCUCUUCCCGCCCGCCCUCGAGACGCUGCACCAGCCGGCGACGUACGCUUACAUGCACCGCGUCGUCGACACCACCAUGUACGUCACCCUCGCCCUCCACCUCCUCGUCGGACUCGUCGGCUCGCUCGCGUAUGGCAGCGCCGUGCGGCCGAACGUGCUCGACUCUCUGCCGCAGACGAGCGUCGUGCUCGCCGCCAGGCUGGCGGUGGUCCUCGCCUUCGCCUUCACCUUCCCGAUGAUGGUCUUCCUCUGCCGCAUGCAUUUGCGUGCCAUCCUCGCGCGCAGCGAGCUCGUGCCGCGCGCGACCGACGCUCUCGUCGAGCACGUCGAUGCGCCGCGCGAAAGGGUCAGCGACCCGUUCCGCCACACCGCCGUGUCGCUGCUGCUCGUGGGUAGCUCCCUGCUCUGCGCGAUCGUCUUUCCGAACAUCGACGCGAUCUUCGGCUUGCUCGGCGGCACCACGUCGGUCGUCCUCUCCUUCGUCGCGCCCGCUGUCUUUUGGGAGGCGCGCGCCGCCCCAGUUGCUAAUGAUCAUGGCUUUGAGGAAUGGCCUUCGACGAGUUGCUAA